GCUUCCGGUGUCAUGGCGGCCUGAGUCCCGGGAGUCGGUGCGGGCGCUGCGGGCCCCUCCCUGCGGAGCGGCGGGUCCGGGCGGGGAUGUGACGGCGGGCGCCGCGGGCCUUCCUGGCGCGUCGUGUCGGCUCGCGUGUCCUCGCCCCAGCCCGCACCAUGGCGGGGUCCGGCUGCGCGUGGGGCGCCGAGCCGCCGCGCUUCCUGGAGGCCUUCGGGCGGCUGUGGCAGGUACAGAGCCGCCUGGGCAGCGGCUCGUCGGCCUCGGUGUAUCGGGUGCGCUGCUGCGGCACCCCGGGCUCGCCCCCCGGAGCCCUCAAGCAGUUCCUGCCUCCGGGAACCACCGGGGCUGCGGCCUCGGCCGCGGAGUAUGGUUUCCGCAAAGAGAGGGCGGCGCUGGAGCAGUUGCAGGGUCACAGGAACAUCGUGACUUUGUAUGGAGUCUUUACCAUACACUUCUCUCCAAACGUGCCAUCACGCUGUCUGUUGCUUGAACUCCUGGAUGUCAGUGUUUCGGAAUUGCUUUUAUAUUCCAGUCACCAGGGUUGCUCCAUGUGGAUGAUACAGCAUUGUGCCAGAGAUGUUCUGGAGGCCCUUGCUUUCCUUCACCAUGAGGGCUAUGUCCAUGCAGACCUCAAACCACGGAACAUACUGUGGAGUGCAGAGAAUGAAUGCUUUAAGCUGAUUGACUUUGGACUUAGCUUCAAAGAAGGCAAUCAGGAUGUGAAGUAUAUUCAGACAGACGGGUAUCGCGCUCCAGAAGCAGAACUGCAAAACUGCUUGGCCCAGGCUGGCCUGCAGAGUGAUACAGAAUGUACCUCAGCUGUUGAUCUGUGGAGCCUCGGAAUCAUUUUACUGGAAAUGUUCUCAGGAAUGAAACUGAAACAUACAGUCAGAUCUCAGGAAUGGAAGGCAAACAGUUCUGCUAUUAUUGAUCAUAUAUUUGCCAGUAAAGCAGUGGUGAAUGCCGCAAUUCCAGCCUAUCACCUCAGAGACCUUAUCAAAAGCAUGCUUCAUGAUGACCCAAGCAGAAGGAUCCCUGCUGAGAUGGCAUUGUGCAGCCCAUUCUUUAGCAUUCCUUUUGCCCCUCAUAUUGAAGAUCUGGUGAUGCUUCCAACUCCAGUGCUCAGACUCCUCAACGUGCUGGACGAUGAUUAUCUUGAAAAUGAAGAUGAAUAUGAAGAUGUUGUAGAAGAUGUCAAAGAGGAGUGUCAGAAAUAUGGACCAGUGGUUUCUCUGCUUGUUCCAAAGGAAAAUCCUGGCAGAGGACAAGUCUUUGUUGAGUAUGCAAACGCUGGUGACUCCAAAGCUGCUCAGAAAUUGCUGACUGGGAGGAUGUUUGACGGAAAGUUUGUUGUGGCUACAUUCUACCCGCUGAGUGCCUACAAGAGGGGAUACCUGUAUCAAACCUUGCUUUAAUCAGUAACCCAAGGACUAUUUCCUGUUUCUCCUCUUCCAUUUCUCCGAUUAUUAUAUUCCACAGCUGAAUGCAGGAGCACCCCUUUACCCAUUUUAAAGGGUACCUUGUACAUUUAUUUAAUCCUACUAAUGUGCAGCCAUUGCCCAAACAGUGACUGCAUUGCAAACAUUGGCACUGAGUAGGACAAGACCUCUCAGCUAUACAUUGAGGGGGUUAGAGCACCCACGUGGGCACCCUUUAUUUGUGCAGUAGGGCAGGUGCUGCUCUUUAGUAUGUAACCUAAAACAGAUGUCAUUUCAUGUGAUGAUGAAGCAAAGACGAGUAACUUGUCAUAGUGAAUAUGAUUAACAAUUUGUUAGGGUUGGUGACAUCACAGAGUGUCUGUUUGUGUUGUCAGGUGUAUCUCAUUGUUCUAGCUGGCACUGGACGCUCUAAUGUUAAGUCGUUGUCAAGCAGCAGUUACCUACCGUGUUCUUAACAAUGAGUUGGGAACUUUUCUAAGGGAGUACUGUAGGACUUAAUAUUCCUCUGAAGAAACUGCAGUGAGCCUAUCUCCGUUUUUAAAAUUACUAUUGAGGCUUUUAAAAUAGAAGCUGAUGCUUGAUCUUGCACAAUUUUUAUGUCGAGUAUGUGUGCUUGAGUGGGUGUGCAGGUGUGAGAGAAGAGAGAAAUUUGAGUCAGUGUACUUUAUAGUGUGAGUCUUGUGAUCUAAUAUAGUCUAUAACCAUUUCUUCCUACCUGUUUCACACUUGUGAGACUUGAGGUGUAGGUUUCUUGAAAGUCAGUCUGACUGAUAGAAUGUAGAUGACAGAACAGUUCAUUCCCGUAAAGCGCAGAACAAACUGGAGUCUAGACCAGGGUUACGUUGAAACUCUUCCAAGUAACUGGAACAAAGAGGGUUUCGGUACAUGUAAAUUACCCCAUUCUUCAGUCUACUUUAUACUCAAGAUUGACUCAUCUGUUUUGUACUGAACCUCUUGUGAUAAUUGUAAAAUUUCUCCAGGUGUGAUUUUUUCAGUUAUAAUGGAAAAUUGAAGUGGAUCAGAAAAAAAACAGGUUGUUGUGCAGUGAAGGGAGAAAAGUACGAAGAAGGUAGCUAUCACGGAUCCUUUCCCCGCGUCCUCCCCGCUGCCUCCCACCGUAGGCAUCCCCUUCCCCCUUGGCCCCUCUGCAGCUGAGGGCAGUGCCCAGUCAUCUGGCUUUUGACUGGAAGGGAGUAAAGAAAGGUUGGGGUGUUAUGAGGUGGAAGUAGAAAGAAGAAAAACUCCAUUCCUAAGAGCUCCAUAACGGACUAAUGUGGCCUUGACUAGAGGGCGCCUAUUCUCAUGCGUUUGUGGGCACAGGUUGACUGUGACUUGAGGAUUGUGAGUGUGCAUUCUUUUUACUGUAUAGUAGAUUGCCUUGAAAGUUGUAAACUUAUGAAACAUUUGUAAAGCACUGAUUGUACAAGACAACCCACAAAUUGUACACCAGUUAGGAAUUUUUUCCUAGCUCCUUACCUGAAAGUUUUAUUUAUUUAUUUUUCCUUAGGAAAGAGUCUUUCCUUCCCUGGUGGCAGCCCACUUACAUAGUUUUCUCUUGUUCGUGCCAUACAAGUUCCUGGAAGCUCCAUUACAAUUGCAUUUUAGAGGAUGAAUUCUUUUACCCUGGUCAAACAGUCUGUCCAACAUUUGUUAGUAAAAUCAGAUUACUCAGAGCUCCCUCUUAUGAAGUUAAAUUGGUUAUAAGGGGAUUGACUGAUGAAUUACCUAAUGUUUUUAUGUCAUGGUCCCUGAUGUGUUCCUUAGAAAGAAGACUCUUUCAGGGGUUGAUUGGGUGGUUGGUUUGCAAGUCAAAAUUGAAGAGCACACAAUCAGUGCUCUGAAGCCCUGAGCUUUCCUAAAACAUAAAUAUUUACACCAGGGGCUGGUUCUGUGGUUACAGUGUACAAGUGAAUUCUUUUGAAGGUCAAGUGUGCUUAGCACAUGUUCUUGAAGGUCAAGUGUGCUUAGCACAUGUUCCUGUCUCAUAAAAAAGAUUCUUGCAAAUAAACUGCAGAUAGGCUUCCAAGCUUUGUCGUGCAGUAUGCUGCUAACAUUUCUGCACUUAGAGAAUUCUGUGAUCCUCAUUAUUGCAAAUGUACUCAUAAAUAUGUGUAGUGUUUGACACUGUAGACUUACUACAAAAGAUGCUAGUUUGAUUUGAAGGGAGCUAAGGAAGUAAAUGACGGGCCCAAGUAAUUGCAUUGAAUUAAAUAUUUUAUAUUGAAGCCACAGAAUUGAAAACAAAAGAUAACCUACUAUGAUUUAAACUAUUGUUUAAUAGCUUAGCCCAUUUACCAAAGAGGACAGCUGUAGAUUCUCCCUCCUCUGAUACUAUGAGGACUUUCAUUUUAAUAUCUUUCUUAAACUGGGACCAAAUAUUAUAAAAUAUACAAUUUUCACAAUAAAUAUAUGCACAGGAAUUUUAAUUCUUUGAAGUUAUUAAAAACCUAAAAUUCUUUUAUUAAGAGGCAAGGUAAAGAGUGGAGGGUUCAUACUACUUAGCCCCUGUCUCUGGGGGCAAAUUUUACCUCAGGUAGUUUUUCUUUCCCUCUGUUAGUCUUUGUGCUUCCUCCCCUUGUGCCUUCCCACUUCCUUCUUUAUUCUUCCAUGGUCUACUCUACUGUGGCACAGUCUGUCCCAGAGAAGGCUUAGCAAGGGAUUGCCCCAUGGGAAAUUUUGGGUUCUUUAGAAGUAUUUGGAGGAGGUGGCUAGUAGCCAUGAUCAAAUCUGUAAUACAGUGUUUAGAAGAGACUGUUAGAUGGGCCCCUCAGUAAGGUGUUUAUUAAUCUCUGGAUACCCACCUUCCUUUGUGGCCAUUGACACAGUGGCUUUCUUUGGGAAAUCUCCCUUUCUGCUGUCUCGUGAUCUAAGUCUAUGGCUCCUUUUAGAAUCCAAUGACUGAUAGAGUUUUACUCACCUGUCUCUGUGUUCAUCGAGAAGCGUGACCUUCUCUUUGACUACAAGCUGCUAAAGAGUGUUGAGAUACGUUGACUUGCCACCCACCAUGUCGCCACAGAGAAGUGCAGAAGAAUUGGGGGCAUAAGGCUUCUUUCUCUCUUACUAUACUGGACUUGCCCUCAAGUAAGGGCAUCAGUUAGGGAUAGCUUAAAGGCAGGUUAGAAUACUCAUCAGAAGCUGUUUCUUGGCUCUUUUGAAUUUAUUGAUCAAAGGCAGGUGACUGACUGUCAUCAUUUUUUGGUAGUUCUCACUCUGGCUUAUUAGGCCUAUUGUACAUUUUCUUUUUCAACAGUUAUUGAAAAUGAGCAUCAUCAUACCUGAUGGUAAUUAGCAGCAUAAUGGGUGAGGGGAUCUGUCAGGGAGACACUAGGAACCGUGUGGUUUACCUAGUCUCUCACUUGAAGGGGUUGGGCUGGCUGUUUUAUUCUGAGUAGGGUACAGAUAGGAUGACAUCGUGACUUUCCAUCUGUUGGAUCUGUAGCUAGCUCAAGUUAUGAGCAAGUGCCUUGUGUUUCCUGGCAAAUAUUAAAACUCAUCUGGGCGAAAGCUCUAGGUGAUGACUGCACUGUUGCCUUGUUCUUGGAAUAACUUGGAUUGAGUCAUUUGAGUCCAGAAUUUCCUUGGCUUACUUUAAAAAAUAUAUGUAUAAAACUAUUCCUAUUUAUCUCAGUAUUGUAUGUUGAUGGAAAGGCCAGUUAUUCAGCACAUCUAAUUCUGGGAUCUUGUUCCAUUUGUUGGGUUCCUUCCUCAAAGCUUAUUACUCCAGCUCUCUCUCUGCUUCUUGUAAAUUGUUGUCACAUACAGACCAGUCCUUGGUCACUGCUAGCUCAAAAGAAUUCCUGUUUCUUGAGGUGCUCAGCAUUCACCUUUCUUUUGAAUAGGGGUCUGGCAGUCUUCCCACUUGGUAUUCCUAGCUUCCUUAAAGAAUGCACUGAUCUUGAGUCUCUGUUGUGUGGAGCUCAUCUGGGUAUGUUUAGAUUUUAGAGUCUUAAUCAUGGAGAAGCUUGGAUAUUUUAGUUUUUAGAGGGCCCCCCGCCUUUGAUGGAUUUUCUUCCUUUCUUCUGAUACCACAGGAUGGAUCAUGAUUUUUGUCCUUGCCGCCUCCCCAAGAUGGUGUGCACUAUGUUUAAAGUUGUCUGAUGACUAAUGCUUCAUACCAUGACAAGCAAUUGGCAGGUACUAGAUAUUUAAGAAGGUAAACAAUUUAGACUAUUUUUGCUAUGACUUUAUAGGAGAAGUGAGCUGUCAAAGAAAUACAUAUAAGCCAGGGAGCAUUUAGGAUAAACAGCUUUUUGGAGACAGGAUUUCACAGUGCAGCCUAGACUGGCCUUCAGCUCAGGAUCUUUCUGUCUCAGCCUCCCAAGUGCUGCUUCUCACAGUUUGUACCAUCAUGCCCAGCUCUUGUAGGAAACUAUUUUAUAGAUGGUCAUUAAGGUAAUUUUUCAGGAUAUAAGACAAACACAAAAGUUUACACAAACUUUGUCCUGAUAAAAACUAUUGAUUUUCUAUAGCUCAGCACUUUCCCUGUUCCUUGUGCUGCUUAUGGGAAUGAUUGCUUUAAAUUUGCUGUAUUUGUGCCUUUCAGAGAGUCAGAAUCAUGGCAGUUGUGUUUGUUGGCACCAUUCUAAAUGCUGGCGUGGCUGGGAACCUCACUAAAUGAUUGCCUGAGUGUUAAACUGGGUAGCUGUCACAACACUGGGAAGAGAAAUGGGUGGUUCUUUUGAAGGCGGUAUGUGUUUUGUGAGCUGAGUUCCUAGUGUUUUAAUGGAAAGGCAGUAAGACAUGCUCUUUCUUGCCUUAAGUGGCAAAAGACAGCUUUACUCUACUUCUCUGUGUAAGGAAAGCAAGUUACGUUCUGAGAAGAGAACUGCAAUUGUUUGCUUUCUGUUUGUUUCUUACUGAGAAACUUGCGUAAACAGCAGGCUAUUACCACCUUCAGCCCACUGAUUAUCAGUGAGUAUAUCUCUAGUCAUUCUGUAAAAUCCUCCAUUGGAGGACUGGAGAGAUGGCUCAGGGGUAAAGAGCACUGACUGCUCUUUUAGAGGACCCAGGUUCAAUUCCCAGCAUCCGAAUGGUAGCUCACAACUGUCUGUAACUCCAGUUCCAGGGCCUCACUCAGACAUACAUGCAGGCAAAAACAGCAAUGCACAUAAAAUAAAAAUGAAAUCCUCAGUUGGAGUCACUUCCCUUUUCUCUGUCAGCUCCUCUCCGAAUCUCUUCAGUUACAUGAAUUACCUUUUCUAUAUUAUUUUAUUAGGUGGGUCACCGGAAGGCUGUCAGCCUUAAGAGAAGGAAAGAGAACUAUUAAUAUGAAUUGAGACAGGGAAGGAAGUAGCUCCCUUACUGGCAUUAGUGAUCUUCCGCAUACAGUUCAUCUAGACUUCUUACCUGUAGCAUAAAAACAUGGCCUUUCUUACACAUUCCUCAUCCUUGUUUCCCCAGGAGAUUGCUGUCAGGGUUCAUGAGGCCAGAUUAAAUAUCCAUAUUCAGUUUGUCCUCAUUUUUUAAAAGUAUUUGAAUUCCAGCCCUUGUGCAUUUGGAGUUCAUUGCUAUUCUUGCAAAUUGAAGCUCAGAAAGAACCUGGGGGUCAGCCAUCUCUGUCUUCCUUCUGCACGUGGAGUGGGUGGCAUUAGUCUGCACUAACUGCAGUUACAGCACCUUGUGAAAAGAAGUGUAAGUAGUGUUUAUUAUUAUGUUAAAAACUUUAAUCUGCACUUCUGUAAUUAGCAGGAUAUAAAGCUGUCACAUCUUUUCCAUCAGCAUUUAUUUUUCAUUCUUCCUUUGUGAGAAAUCUUAAAAUACUUUAACAUUCCUUAAUCACUUUUAAUUCGUUUCAAAUCUGGGAUAGAAGACUUUUUCCCCCAUCCUAAAAAGGGCUCUGUCUUUUCGAUCUUUUUGUCACUCUUAGAAAUUCAUUUACGAUCAAUACAUUUUAAUAGUUUCUGGUCUCGGGACUGUGCCAGUACUGGAGUGAUUGAUUGUGAAUAUGAAAACCUACUGUUUUCCCUUGCAAACCUGGAGUUACUGUUUUGGGCAUAGGUCUGGCUUACAAACCGUGUGAAAGAUCACUUAAACCAAAGCCAGUUCUAAGGAGUGUUCGCUCCUGCUGGUUUACCUCCACCUCAGAGCGACAGGGACAUUGCAGUGCGCAGUGAGUGGUCUGUGACAUUUCUCCCUGCUGUUUCAGUAGCCUGUUGGUCUUGGCAUUUCUUGAUGCUACGAGUCUGGGUUUCGUGGUGUUUUACUGCUUGUGAAUGGUUGGGCUUUGGUUGUUGUUUGUUUGAACUAAGUGGGACUGUAAAUGUAGAUAGAUGUGUUUUAAUACCAAGAUGUUCUUUUUUCAAAUCCCUAAAUUUCUGAUUUCCAUACCACUCUUUCAGACGUCUGUAUUCUUGCUGAUACCAGAGGACUUUAUCUCCACCUCCCUAUAAAGUGUGAGCACUGUGUUUCAGCGAGCUGCAUUGCGGACUUCUGCUGAAAACUUCUGUAAACACAAUUGCCUUGUUCAGUUUUGUUGUAAACUGACUCACCAUGCGAUGCACUGUUGUUGAUAGCUUCCUGAUGUGUGGUGGAUAAGAGUGAUAAAAUAAAGCUUACAAAGAAAAAUG